AUAGACGCGUGUAGCCUACUCGAGGUUACCCCAAGGAACAUUUCCCCAACGCUCGGACAGAAACCCAAUAGUAAAGCGUUUUCUCGACGUAAUGAAUCGAGCCCCCUCCCCUUCGACGUAACGGACCCAAACGCGAGUUGUCGGUGUUCGACAUUCAGCCACUGAUUCUAUGAGCACAUUUCCGGCGCUUGCGAAUCGAAUCGAAUCGCGGGUUUCAGCACCUGGACAGCACCCUGCGCACUAACCUACAUUGAAUCAUAUUGAGAUCGAGCGCCUGGCGUGAUUUGAAGGGGGAAGCCCAAUGUAAGCUGAGCAGGCGCGGUGUAUAUGCACAAUGCACCCCUCCAGUUUCAGAUGUGAUGCUUUUCUCUGGGUGUUUGGAUAGUGACGGACUCCUAAUAUAAUCUCUCUGAGCGAUGAUGCUCGUGUUACCGCUCGUUCUUGCUCGUCCUCCCCUUUAUUCGCGAAAGCAGCAGCAGAACGGACGCUUGGCUGCUUUGGUUGGAGCUUCCACUCAUCAAGACCCUUUUCAUUAUUGGCAAGGGAGACAUUAUCAUAACCACGAGGGCAAGGGAGACACGAUUAAAGUUUCAGCGAUGUAAAUCGAUAACGGUUUGGUAUGAGCGAAGUCGCCUUUGUCUAGCACAAACCAGAAUUCACAUUUGAGAGAAGUGAAAGAAAAGGUCUCCAGCUUUUGCUGCUUAUAACACCAUGAGCCAGCCACAUGUUCCCCCAUGUGUCCCCAGGCCCCCUCAGCAGGCCGCAGCACCUGAUCUGGAGGUGAUCUCACAGCAGGUGGAUGAUGAUGGUCAGUGCAUGGCUCCAGUGCAGCUGGUCAGCUUUACCUACAGGGACCUUCCUCUGGCUGCGUUGGAUCUCUCGCUGGCCGGAUCCCAGCUACUUUCCAAUCUGGACGAAGAGGACAACCAAGAGGGGUCUAACUGGCUGAAGCCGUGCUGUGGGCGGAGAGCAGCUCUGUGGCAGGUUUGUUUGUUGAGUGCUGGCUUCAACUGUUUCCUGGUGGCCUGUGUCAUCCUGGUGGUGCUCUUAUUGACUCUGGAACUGCUCAUCGAUACAAAGCUCCUUCAGUUUAAUAAUGCAUUCCAGUUCGCCUGUAUCAUCCACUGGAUCAGCCUGGUCAUCCUGUCCGUGUUUUUUACUGAGACUGUAUUUAGGAUUGUGGUGCUCGGGAUAUGGGAUUAUAUAGAGAACAAAGUUGAGGUGUUUGACGGUGCUGUGAUUAUACUCUCUUUGGCCCCAAUGGUGGCCUCCACAGUGGCAAAUGGCCCCAGCAGCCCCUGGGACGCCAUCAGCCUCAUUAUCACCCUCCGAAUCUGGAGAGUCAAGAGAAUCAUUGAUGCGUAUGUGCUGCAGGUGAAGGUGGAGAUGGAGCUGGAGAUUCAGCAGUAUGAGAAAACCAAAGCAGUAAGAGAAGAACAGCUGGAGAGACUCACACAGAUCUGUCAGGAACAAGCUUUUGAGAUCAGGCAGUUGAGGGCUCACCUGGCGCAGCAGGAUUUGGAUCUGGCCGCUGAGCAGGAAGCUGCCAUGCAGAUCCAUCACGUGUGGGGGAAACAGAGCAGUAGCUUCCAAGAAAUAGACGGUCUGGGGCCCACUGGAUCUGACAACGAGUGCCGGGCCAAUACCAGAGAGCCCAGACCUCCUCUAGAGUGUGUCAUUCAGGAUGAUAUGAACAACUACAUCAGCCAGUAUUACAGUGAGCCAAGUAGCGACAUCGGAGUGCCCGACCCUGGUGCGCGCAUCAUUACCACAGCAUCCAUCGACAUCCACCUUCCCACCAACCCCAACCAGCUGCCCCCUUCACUCGUCAGUGCUGAUGCACUAGGCAGUGGCCAAGAACGCACGGGAAGCUCUGUAAGCGAAGCGUCCAGCACGACCAUGUCCCGGUCCAGCUGUAGCUUCACAGCACGGCAGCAUAGUAUCAGCAGCCAUACGCUGGGCUCCACAACUGACUGCAGCUCCACCGUACGCGAAGCCUCCACCUCCGACUACAGCGGCCAACGCUGCUGCCCUCCUCCAUACUGCAGCCCUUUGGCCCUGGGGAUGCAAUCGGGUAUCCACGACCCCAGUUCAGUGGUCAAAGAGCUGCUGUCUUCCUUGUCUGAGGACUCCUGCCUUACCCAUAAAGGCAGGGUAGGCCCGGUGAACCUUAAAUCGGAGAGGUCAGUGAAGGCCAGCCCAGAAGUAGAGCACAGGGUGAACACAUACAACAAGAGGAACCAGGAGCGUCUGGGAGUAUUCCAGACCAAGCCACUAAUUCACCUGCAGGGGGCUGAGCCAUUGCUGGAUGAGAAGUACAGGUUAAUGGAGCCAGCGGAUGCACCACUAAGCCAUAUACCAGACACAUAGAGCAUAGAGUGAAGGACCGUGACCACCAACACCAGCUGAAGCAGCCUCUCUCUUGGCCUUUUUCUCUGAAUCGCUUACUCAUUGGCUGUGUCCGAAACCUGACACAUGGUGCCCACGUUAGGCUAAAGUAUAGUUUGGUAUUCCGUAUGAUGCAACUUUCUUCAUCCGCUCAGUCCGUUCGGACUGUCCACGUGCAGCCCAGUUUUUGUAGCCUCUCGUACCUGUACACGUUUGUGCGUGUUGUCUGCACAUGUGCCUGGAGUUAUAUGGACUAUAAUAAAAAGUAUCACAAAGUAGUCAUAGUGUGCAUUUGGCGAACGAGUAUACUUUGAAAUGUUUAAGCGCUCAAUUGUGCAUGAGACGUUGCGAAACAUGAAAAAUGGUGGUUGGCACCAUUUUGAUUCUGAAUGCUGCUGGACUGUUCUGGUUCCGUUCUCCAUAAGAAUCAAGCGAUCUAGAUGGAGAACAAAAACAACAUUAAGUGAUAAAUGCAGGAAAAUGUGUUCAGGUUUAACAUGUGCAGAUGUUGACUAUCAUAACUCGAAGUAGCUAAUGUUAUCAUCGUAGCUAACCUCAGGCCAUUACUUCGUCAUCUACCCCCUCAGAUGAGGCACUGUCAAUAGACGGCCAUAGCAACUCUGUAAAGUUUUGGCACUGUGGAUGAGUUUUACCAUUUUAAUAGGCUAAACAUCACAUUAUCCACUAAAAACAUGUGCCAAUGCGAGUGAAAACACUGGAGACCAGAAAAUGAAAACGUUGUUCCAUUAUGAAUCGUGAAACAGUUGCGUUUUCAGGAAGUAGGUGCAAACUUUAGUCUUUAAGGAGUAUCCAGAAGUAGGAAGGCAUCAAGGCACAGUUCACUGUUCAACAUUCUGUCGACUAUACAUGGCCACUAUACAUGGUUUACACUGCCUCAAUGAAGCCAAUGGUUGUUGGAUCAGUGCUUUACCCUGUUGGAGUUUAUUGGGGCAGUGUUACAAAGACAGUUAUGUUACAUUUUAAAUGCAACAGCCAAUUGUAGAAUGUUUAACAUGUUGGAACACUGUGAACCAGACUUAAGAUACCUUCAUCUAGUCAAAUUUUGAAGGCAGUCUAGAUGUAUCCUGAGGAGCCUAUGAUAUCACACGUGUUCAUGCAGUUUUGUUGGUUAAAAUAAUACAAAUGGAGUCAGACAGAGCAGUUGGCAGUUUGGACUCACAUACUCAUACUUACUACUAUUUUCUAUUUUAUAAUAAUGUUUAAGUAAUCACAAUAUGUAUUAAUUCUAUUGGAAGUAGGGUUUCCAACUGUCCCGAAUUGGAUGGGAAGUCUUGUAUUUUGGCCAAAAUUACAACAUCCCACCUCUUGUCCCAUAUUUCAGUGGCAAAAUGCUCAAGGGGCACCCAUCUCCCUCUGAUGGACAGUGCUGUUCGUUAUUUUAGCACUUAAAAUGCUCAAAUAUUGAAAAUAUUGUGUCCCAUACCGUUUGGACAGUGCUGUCGAGUAUUUAAAUGAUCAGAAUGCUCAAGUGUCCCAUAUUCGUGUGGCAGAAAUUUGGCAAGUUUCCAUAAGUAGGCAUUAAAUAUUUGCUUGGUUAUCUCUAAAUAGAUCAACAGAUAUGCCUUGGAAGCCUGUCUAAAACAGAUUAUUUUUUUCUUAGGAGUUACCUGCAUACAGAAAUGCUGCCUGUGAAGUCAUUGACUAACUGGGCAACAAGGCAGCUGCCUUCGGUUUCAGACACAGCCAUUCUGUCUCUCUCUCUCUCUCUCUCUUUCUGUGUCAGACAGGACUAUUGACACUCACUCCACAGGUUUCAUGCUCUCAGAAAGAGGCUCAGGAAGAGUCAUGAGGAAAACGCCCUGAGCUUCCAGCCUCAUGCAACCUCCAAGGACUUCCUCAUUCCAGAUAAACAUUUAUUUCUAUCUUUUUCUCUAUCCCUCUUUCUCCAACUCUGCAAUAGCAUUUGAACUGUCACUCCUGCCAAAAUUGCACAACCCUCCAAGGAGUCAGGGAGAGGAACUUGGGGAGCGAUCAUUGGAAGAUUCUUUAGGAAUUUCAAUGUGUCUGUUGGAUGAUCUUAUGAAACCAGCAAAGACACCAAUACUGGAUUGUGGCUGGCAAACAUGUCAUGUGUUCUCAUUCAGGGUGGUACAGGAGGGUGUUUGUUUCCCCCCGAUUUGUAUGAAACUCACACACCAUGUACAGUCCUCCCUCCCUCUCCAAAUGCUGCAGGGUUACAUUUGAUUCGUGUUCAAACGUGUCAAGCUGUGUGAUUCAGCCAAAUUUCUAACCUUUGCCUUUCUUACAUUAUGAUGCUGAUGUUUGUAUUCAAAUUCUAUGCGAGAAAAAAAGAAGUGCUACAAGUAUUUUUAAAACACAGAAAGCAUAUGCUAGGUGAACAUUUCAGGUAUACAGCAUUAGAUUUUUUUAUGAGAAAUUAUGGUUAGAAUGUUGUCAUAACUGUAAACCAAACCCCCCUCCCCCAUCCCAAUAGCAUGAGCCUUUGAAAAGAUCUGCUGUCCGACUGAGGUGAACUAAUCCUGUGUUAUUAAAG